CCGCCAAAACACUCGCGACAUCAACAAAUUCCGCAACCGAAUCCCUUGAGCACUCGUAGGACUCAAGACACGCCCCUGUCAUAGACCGAAUCCUAUGGAAACAUCGUAGAUCGAUAAGUCCCUUAAAGCCGCCAUGUCCCUCUCUUCCCUCGCGGCGCUCCUCUCCAAAACCAAACUUGAUGAUCCUGAAGACGUCCUGCGCGCCGCAAACGAGGCCCUCAAGAAGAACAGGACGAACCCCGAAGCACUGCAUGUCAAAGCAAUCGCACUGCUAAAGCUUGACCGUUUUGAAGACGCUCUCAAUGUGUUCGAAGAUGGCGGGAACAAAUUGCAAGAGACGGCUGCUCUGGGCUACAGCUAUGCCCUGUACAAAGCCAUGGAGCUUGAAAAAGCCGAGGAGGUAGCAUCAAAGGCAGAACAGAGUAGAGGAAUCAGCCAUGUACUUGCACAAACAUUAUACCGAGCCGAGAAGUUUGAUCAGUCGGCGAAGCUCUAUAGUCAGUUGUCAUCACAAGGGCCAGAGCAAGAGGAAGAGGAGAACGACCUACGCAUCAACAGUGGUGCUGUCGAUGCGCAAUUAGAAUGGCAAGGAAAUGGGAGUCUCGUCAAGAAGAAGAAGCCGGACAGGGUUGACAUGGAGGCGUUUGAAACUGCAUUUAAUGCUGCUUGCGGGAGUGUCGCGCGGGGAGAACUGGCCCAGGCAGAGAUACUACUGAAACGAGCAGAAGAUCUCUGUAAUUCCUUAGACGAUUUGACAGAUGAGGAGAAGAAAGCUGAAACUCUACCCAUCAAUGUUCAGCAGCUAUAUGUUUUCUCGAUGCAGGGUAAAACGGAUGCCGCUGAAAAGCUAUCUGCUAGAUUGGAUAUUAAUCAGAUUCCCGACCUAUCGACCCGACGCAUUGCACAGCUGAGUUCAUUAUCUUCAGCAAAAGAGACCUCAAAUCCCUACCUGAUGCAUCGUCUGACACAUGCCGCACCAUCCACACCAAAGAGCGAUGAACCAUUCCGCUUCCAGUCCUCUAUAUUGCGCCAGAAUACCCAUGUUUUAGAUUUGCUUGCGUUGAAGUACAGCGGAGUCGCGAACUCGACGUCAUCCUACAUUGCAAAGAAUGCUGACGCCUCGCCGACAUCUACCAGUCCGUUCUCAGUCAUCAACGCUGCUGCACAUGCUCAGAACCAGACUGGAAAGGCGGCGAUAAAAGUAUUGGUGCCAUUGCUAGAGAAGAGACCAAACGAUGCCGGUCUCGUACUUGCCAUUGUGCAUCUAUACCUUCUCACUAACAAUCACGCUGCGGCAGUCCAUCUCUUGGAAGGAUUCUUCAAGAAACUCGAGCAAUCCGAAUCGUCCAAGGACCUAGAUGUUCGAUACUCGCCUGGGCUUAUAGCAACCAUAGUUUCGCUUUAUGCCGCCCAAAGUCGCAAAUCACACGGCCGAAUAGAACUCGCCAAAGCAGCAAACCACUGGCGCACAAAUUCUAAAGGCUCGCAACCGCCCGCAUCACUCCUCCGCGCCGCCGGAAUAUCGCUCCUGGACUCAAACGACGAAGACGAUCUCAACGAAGCCGGUGCUAUCUUCACCGCCAUCAAUGCGCAUGACCCAUCCGAUCAGGCUGCUGUCGCCGGGCUGAUUGCAGCAUAUGCAACCUCCGACCCCUCGAAACUUACCGACUCUCAAAUCGCCCUUCUCCCGCCUACUGCGCGCCUCAUACAGAAUAUUGACGCUGCGGCCCUUGAAGACGCUGGCGUCGCUGUUCCACCACAGCCAGCCACAACUACAAGUAAGAAGCGGGCAGCGCCCGAAAAGGAGAAGCCCACAAAGCCGCACAAGAUCCGGAAGACCCGUAUGCCAAAGGACUAUGUCGAGGGCAAAAAGGUCGAUCCCGAGCGCUGGCUUCCGCUAAAGGAUCGCAGCUAUUACAGGCCCAAGGGACGCAAGGGAAAGAAGAAGGAUGCAGGACUCACACAAGGCGGAGUCGUCGCAGAGGACAAACCCUCUGCGCCAGAAGUACAAAAGAGUGGUGGUGGUGGUGGCGGCGGAGGAGGUGCGCAAAACAAGAAAAAGAAGAAGGGCAAGGGCGGGAAGUGGUAGAUUAAGUGGUAGAAGCUGUAGCUCUCUCUCUCUGUGGUGGAGAGCAAAGCAUAUUCUGCAAUAAAUAUAAAUGGACACGCCCCCCCCCGCAUGUUCUCCUACGAUUCCCGUAGCUUUCCUCCAUGUGUUUCGUUGUGCUCGCUCAUAUCAAGGGACUGUCUCUCUCUCGUGUUUCUUGAAUUUGUCUCUCCAGCUAACUACCAAACUAUGCAAGUGCCGUCCUUGUUGUCGGUGACAUGGGUGCGAGGCUGUGUCGAUGACACUCCCCUUAUUCCAUAGCACGAUCCUUCUCCUUAUGUAUUCUAGUAUCAUGUAUUUUCUUGACCACCUCCAUUAAUCAUGCAUACAGGCCAGACAGAUGGCUCGAGUGGUACCGAAGGUGCGUCUCUAUGGAAUCAGGUCGGCAAGGCGGGCAGACAGGCAGUAUUAUUAUGUACUGUUGUUUUAGUUUUGUGUAAUCCAAUGGGCUUUUUGAGGUUUGGCUGGGGGUAUA